AGGUGCAGAAGCUCUCCAGCCUGGUGCUGCCGUCGGAAGUGAUCAUCGCCCAGAGCUCCAUCCCCGGGGAAGGGCUCGGCAUCUUCUCCAAGACUUGGAUCAAGGCUGGCACCGAGAUGGGGCCGUUCACGGGCAGGGUCAUCUCCCCCGAACAUGUGGACCUGUGCAAGAACAACAACCUCAUGUGGGAGGUGUUCAAUGAGGAUGGCACCGUGCGGUAUUUCAUCGAUGCCAGCCAGGAGGAUCACCGCAGCUGGAUGACCUACAUCAAAUGUGCACGGAACGAGCAGGAGCAGAACCUCGAGGUGGUUCAGAUCGGGAACAGCAUCUUCUACAAGGCCAUUGAGAUGAUUCCUCCAGACCAAGAGCUGCUGGUCUGGUAUGGGAACUCCCACAACACCUUCCUGGGCAUCCCAGGUGUGCCUGGGCUGGAAGAGGAGCAGAAGAAGAACAAACAUGAGGAUUUCCAUGCGGUGGAGACGGGGGCCAGCACGACGGGGCGCAUGCGCUGCGUCAUCUGCCACCGCGGCUUCAACUCCCGCAGCAACCUGCGCUCCCACAUGCGCAUCCACACCCUGGACAAGCCCUUCGUGUGCCGCUUCUGCAACCGCCGCUUCAGCCAGUCCUCCACGCUCCGCAACCACGUCCGCUUGCACACGGGCGAGCGGCCCUACAAGUGCCAGGUUUGCCAAAGUGCCUACUCCCAGCUGGCGGGGCUGCGGGCGCACCAGAAAAGCGCCCGCCACCGGCCCCCCAACGCCUCCCUGCAGGCCCACUCGCCCGCCCUGCCCGUGCCCCACCCUGCCUCCCUGGCCCAUCACAUCCCCACCAUGGUGCUGUGAAGCCCCGGCGUGGCAGCAGGAUUUGGGACAGCAGAGACUGAUGCCGAGACAUGCGAUGAACUGGGGGAAUGGCCCUUGGCUGAGCUGCUUUGUGUCUCGGAGAGUGUUGGGUUGUUUUUUGGGCAUUGCUCACUGCAGGGGGUCGGCAGAAAAGGAGCCCCCAGCUGUGCAGCUGAGUUGUGGGAGUUCAUCCCCAGGGAGAUGUGGCACAGGGUGGGCUGUGGGUUUGUGUGGGUUUAACAGUGCACUGGGGGAGGACUGGGAGAGCCGAAAAGCCAGGCUUGGAGGAGUUGUGCCUGGGUUUUACAGAUAAUUUGGUAGAAAGAAAGAAAAAUUCCUCUUAUGUGUCCUCCUCUGUUCUAGCAGACACGUGUCCCAGUGAAAGGUUGGCACAGCCCUGAUGUGGCCACCCCAGUCAUACCUGUUUGCCCUGAGAGUGGCUUUGGUCCUGGUGGUUCCUUCUAAGGGACACCUUUCCCUGCUUGGGAGCCUGGAGUUAACGAACAUUUGCAUUUUCCUGCACCCGAGCCCCCUCUCCCUGCCCUGCUCCAGCCGGAGCCCAGUACUGGGGUCUGUCACUGCUCCAAGCCACGCUGUGGGCAGGGGGGACACCGUGCCAGCUGGGAAUGCCCAUCCACAGGCAGGAUUUGUGGGGACCCUGAGCUCUGCCGGGCUGUGCCCGUUCCAGCCCUUGCAGCUUUUCUCCCCAUCCCUUUCCCAGCUCUGAAGGAACAUUUUGGUUGGAACUGCUACUGCCCUCUGGGGACAGAGAAAACCUGUCCCCGGGCCAGCUCUGUCCCCAAGGACAACUCUAAGCGCCCUCUGGAGUCCCCACACUGCGGAGGAGAGCUGUGUAUCAUAAAUCUUAAAAAAAAAAAAAAAGGUAUUCUAAUAUUAAUUAUAAGUCUAAGAUGUAUAAAGUUCUCACAAACCGUGUUUCACUUCCAGAAGAAAAUAAACAAAAACAAAAGAAAAAAAAAAAAACCCAAACUGUCACUUUAACUUUGUAAAUAUUUAUGUAAACAUUAUUUACAAGACUUUGAUAUUAUAUAUUAUUUGAUUGUAUAUGUACACAGUGUAAAUACAUUUGUACUUUUCUUGUAUUCUAAAUAAAAAUUACUUGGAACAUUUAUCAUUUAGA